UCAAAGCCCUUCAAAAGAGAGAAAGAAGACUGAGAUGGAUCCACAGUGGGUGAAGUGGAAAUCAUUUGCUGCCAGUGUUCUGCUGCUCACAUUGUACCACAGCACCACUGCUGCUGUCAGCUUGAAGAAACACCUGGCUGAUUGUCUGGGGGACAAAGACUACGAUGAUCUGCUGAAGACUGUGAAAAAAGGCCUCCCACACACAAAUACAUCUCUUCAUGUUGCUAUUGUUGGAGCUGGCAUGGCUGGACUCACGGCUGCUAAGCUACUGCAAGAUGCAGGACACAAGAUAACCAUAAUAGAGUCUAAUGGUCGUGUUGGAGGACGGGUGGAAACCUACAGGAAUGAGGAAGAGGGCUGGUAUGCUGAACUGGGAGCCAUGAGGAUCCCAAGUACUCACGAAAUCGUCCAGCGGUUCGCUGAAAAACUGAAUGUCACGCUGAAUAAUUUCACCAUGUAUGACAACAACACCUUUUACUUGGUUAAUGGGUUGUUGAAGAAAGCACAUACAGUGAAAAGUGACCCUGAUGUUCUGAAGUACAACGUGUGGCCAAGUGAGAAAGGGAAGUCGGCCGAUGAUCUGCUACAAAUAGCCUUGCAGAAGGUGAAAGAUGACGUACGGACUUAUGGCUGCAAGGCUGCACUGAUAAAAUAUGACCACUACUCUGUGAAGGAGUAUCUGAAAGAAGAAGGAAAUCUGAGUUCAGAAGCAAUACGGAUGAUUGGAGACCUUCUUAACGAAAAGAGCCUCAUGUACACAGCGCUGACUGAGAUGAUCUAUGACCAGAGUGACAUCCGUGACAACACUACGUAUUAUGAAGUGACUGGCGGAUCAGACCUUCUCCCAAAUGCUUUUCGGAAUUUCCUGGAUGGUUCUAUUCUUCUACACUCCAAGGUCAAACACAUCAGCCAAUCACAUAAAGGUGUGAUUGUAUCAUAUCAGACAGGCCAGCAGUCUUCUUUGACAGAUCUUUCCGCUGACAUCGUUCUGGUAACAACUACAGCCAAAGCAGCCCUCUUUAUUGACUUUGAUCCACCUCUCUCCAUCGGAAAGAUGGAGGCACUGAGAGCAGUCCACUAUGACAGCUCCACUAAAAUCCUCCUCACCUUCAGCGAGAAGUUCUGGGAGAAGGACGGCAUCCGAGGAGGAAAGAGCAUCACCGACGGACCCUCUCGUUUCAUCUACUACCCCAGCCACAGUUUCCCAACCAAUAAGACCGGGGGUAAGAUCGGGGUCCUCCUGGCCUCCUACACCUGGUCUGACGAAUCCCUCGCCUUCUUAGGUGCGAGUGAUGAAGACCUUAAAGAGCUGGCUCUGAGAGAUUUGGCAAAGAUCCACGGUGAGAGGGUCAAAUCUCUCUGCACAGGGGUGGUGGUGAAGAGGUGGAGCGCGGAUCCUCACAGCUUGGGCGCCUUCGCUCUCUUCACACCCUACCAACAUUUAGAGUACUCCAAAGAGCUCUUCAGAAGUGAAGGCAGGGUGCACUUUGCUGGUGAACACACAGCCUUUCCUCACGCUUGGAUCGAGACAUCUAUGAAAUCUGCUAUCAGGGCUGCUACCAACAUUAACAAAGAGACAGCUAGAACUCAACACCAUGAAGAGCUCUAGGGUCUACUUUCUAGGUCAAUCAGUAAUAUUGUAGUAAUGAAAUAUCUGUCUCAAUUGUUAGUGUAGUUCCGGAUGUAUAGAGGUAAAAUCAAGCAAAAGUGUAGCACUUUUGCUUAGUAAUUACACUACUUGCCUUAGGAGUAAGACUCAUCGUGAUUGUCCUUCCACAGUGCAGCUCUUAUCUCCAUCAAACUGUUGCAUUGACAUUGAAUAAUGUCUUGAUGUAGCUA